GAAAUGAAAGCUAUCCAGCACCUAGAACAUGAGAAUGUGAUACGACUGCUCGACGUGGUUGCCAGCAGCAGCGGAGUCGUGCUGGUUCUGGAGCUGCUCCGCUGCAACCUGUCCACGCUGAUCCACAACCCGGAGCGGCCACUGAAGGAGGCGCACGUCAAGUGCUGCAUGCGAAUGCUCCUCAAGGGCCUGGGGCACUGCCACGCCAUGGGCAUUCUGCACAGGGACCUGAAGCCCACGAACCUGCUGGUGAACAGUCGGGGCAUCCUGAAGCUGGCUGACUUCGGACUUGCCUGCCUGGAUUCCAAGGACAGGGAGAUGAGUGCCUGCGUCGCAACAAGUCGCAAGGAUUGUAUAUUUAACUUGGCAUCCGCACCGGCAAGUCUGAACACCAAGAAACGGGCGUCGACGGCCGGCAAAUUGCCAUUGCCGUCGCAACCCGAUGCCAUUCCAUUGAUAAAGCCACCCGCCACCAUGGAACAAAUACCACCCUCCCAGGAACAAGGUAAAUCACCUUCACCCAAUGAAAAUCCACCCUCCCAAGAGCUGCCACCGACGCCCCCAACUACCCACUCAGAUGUGCAGGCGGAAGCCGUCAUUCCCAUCAAACGGCAGCGCGUUGAAGGUGCAUGCAGACUCGACCCGCAGAGGUCAGAUCCUCCAUCGGAAGCGGCGACUUCGACUUACACGUUACAGGAAAGCAUGGAUGACAACGACGAUGACGCGGGUUUUACCAUCGUCUCUUACAAGAAAAACCGACCAGCAGGUAUCCCAAUACUCUUUCAUCCGACGUCCAAGGAGACUUCCUUCUGGAAGGUGAACCCGAAUGUCCUGGCACGAGAGGUAUUGGGAAUAGCACAGGAGAAAAUACUCUCACACAGAAUCGCCAAGGAUGGCAGCCUAUCGGUCAGUGUAGCGUCCCUCCCUGCGGCAAAUAAACUGCUUGCGCAAACAUCCCUCGCGGGAAUCGAGGUAAGGGCAACCACUCCAAGGUCCUACCCCGAAAACAUGGGCAAAAUCAAAGGAGUUCCUCUCCAAUACUCCGAUAGUGAUCUAUUGGAGUACUUAAAAGACAGUGGUGUACUAACUGUCCAAAGACAGGUUGCAUACCAAAGACAAGAAGAUGGCUCUUCAGUGGCCCGUCCCAAAGAUAGCGUCAUACUUCGCUUCACGCAGGACCACCCGAUGCCUCCCAGGGUAUACUUGGGGUUCACCAGCCACCCAGUGGAAGAGUGGUACAGGGCGCCAGAGUUGCUCUACGGGGCGCAGGACUACGGGUCUGGCAUAGACCUCUGGGCUGCCGGUUGCGUGUUGGCUGAGAUGCUCAACGGUUCCCCCCUUUUUCGGGGAGAAAGUGACAUUGAGCAACUCUGUCUCGUCAUAAAGGCCCUUGGAACACCUAAUCAACGCACAUGGCCAGGGCUAGCGCAACUUCCAGACUACAGCAAGAUUACCUUUCCAGAAAGCGAAGCCCUCCCCUGGAGAGACCUGCUACCAGAUGUAGGCAGGUCCUCCAGGGAUCUAGUCAAGGGCUUUCUGGUCUAUGACCCUUUGUCCAGGCUCAGCUGUAGCCAGGCACUCCUGCACCCCUUCUUCUGGAGCGAACCGCUACCCUCUGACCCAGGCAGCCUACCACUUCCACCAGAAGCCAAUGUUCAGUCUGCACUGGAAACUGUCUUCGGCACCGCUCAAGACAACUCGGGACUAAUUUGUUAA